UGUUUUGAAAAGGUUAUUGCUGUUCUGUUUAUUUUAAGACUGCAAAUUGCCAAACCAAGCGUCACGCUUGUUUUAUAUAAUCUGUUAAACAUAAGUGUUGACUGUUGUACACACCAAUUAAUAGUGUCAAAUCAAAUGUCAAACUUGGUUGUGAAACUGUCAAAUUCCAUUGAUGCCAAAAAAUUGCAUUUUGUUGUUGCUUUAUUAUUUUUAAAACCUAAUGCCGAAAAUAAAAAGUUGUAGCUUUAUUAUAGACAGGAAGCCCAGAAGCAGAAUUUUUUUCAAAUUUUCCACUUCAUUGAAUAUUCCUUUAUGUUAUUAUAAGUUCACGAUAUCCGGGAUAUUUUUUUAAAAUCGUCGGCAACAUAGAAUUAAAUAAAUAUGGAUAUAACAGAUAAUUCAGGGAAUGUUCCUGCUGAGAAUAAUUUUGAAAAGGAUAGUUCUCAUGAAACCAAGGAAGAUCUUACUUCUCAAAAUGCAGAAAACAGGGAAGAAGAAACAACACCAAAAAGUACUAAUUUAGAUGAUAUUCUUAUACAUGAUGCAAAUGAUAAAAGUAAAGACAUUAAGGAAAUGUUUGUUAAAGAAUUGAAAUCACAUGGAGAGGAUGUGCAAAUAGCAGCAUCAAACCAAAAAGUGGGUGAUGGUGUAGUAGAAAAUUAUUUAAAGUCAUGUGUUAAAACAGAUGCUGUAAUAACAUCGACAAAUAUAAUCCCUGAAAUAAGUUCUAUUAACAAAUCUCUUAUGGAGUACUUAGAUACAAGUGAUAAUGAUGUUAAAUCUAAUAUUGCUGAUGUACUAGAUGAAGAGUUACAAUUAAGAUGGGAUGAUGACGAAAAUGAUGGAGAUAAUGUGAUAGAUAGUGCAGAUGAAGAAAGUUUAUUACGAGAAAACACAGACACAUGUGAGAUAGUAGAGAAGGAAGGUACUGACACUAAAGAUCUUGAUGAUAAUGUAUUAACUGAGGAAAAAUUAGAUGCAAUAACUUCUGCUUCAACUCAUGAAGACAUUAAAGCAUUGUCAAUAGAUUCUAUCCAAAGAAUUGAAGAAAUUGUAACACAACAUGGCUUGAAAAAGCCUGAUAUGAUGUUGGAAAUUCCCUCUCAAGAAUUAAUGGACUUUAUGGAUGAAGAUGAUGAGCCAGAUCUUCUUAGUCAUUUGGAUAUAUUACCUAACAUAGAAAAGGGUGAAAAUAGUCCUAAGGUAGAAAAAGAUGGGGAGAGUAAUGAUUUAAAAACUUGUCCUCUUAAUACUUGUGAUGCUGAAUUAAAAUUGGACAAUGUGGAGUCACAAGCUACAGAAAUUGUGCAAGUGGAUUCAGAGGAAUCUGAGAAUCUCAUCAAUGCAGAUGUAAAGGAGUCAAUUGAAAAGAAUAAAGCUGAAGUUUUAACAAACACAAUGUCGAAAGACAUAGAUAUGGAUCCAAUUCAACCAAAAGAUGAUGCAAAAGAGCUAAAUAUUGAUAUAACUCUUGAUGAACCUCAACCUUCAACAUCAAAAGCUUCUGUAAUCACAGAAAUUAGAAGGGACUCGGAUGAAGUAGGUGAAAUGAGUGAUACUCUGGGGUUGUUGGCUGAGUCAACCAGAGUGGUAGAAGAUGAUGAAGACCAGGAUGAUGAUGAUGAAGAUGAUGAUGGAGAAGAUGAUGAUGGGGACGAUGAUGAUGAGGAAUAUGAUCCAGAUGAAGAGAAUAGUAACCAAAUGGCAGUAGAGUAUUCAGAAGAUUCUAAUGCGGUCAACUCUGAUUUGGACACAGCUAAGGUUGUCUCACAAUCUGAGGAACAAGAUGAUAAAGUACCACAGACAGAUUUACCUCUAAUUGAUGAACAAAAUGAAAUUUGUGAAUUCACUAUAACUAAUGUUGUAAGUCAAGAAGAAAAUAAAGAUGUUGAAACUACAGAACAAAUGGAAACUGAUGUAACAAUGGUUGAAGUUGAAGAAAAUGAUAAAAAUAUGGAGGAAGUUGGUGAAAAAAUGAUUAUAGACAAAGAAGUGGAACCAAUUGACCGUGAGUUAUCACAAUCUGCUACUUCAGAUAUAGACAAUGGUGCUGAAGUUUUAAAUAAACCAGAAGAGAGUGAAAAAGGUGUUUUUGUUAUAGAAGAUGAGAACAUUGUGAUAUUAAAUGAAGCUCAGUCACCAUCGGUGUCAGAACCAGUGACAAAGAAAGAUGAGAAUAUUGUAUUAUUGGAGAGUUCAUCAGAAGAUGAAAAAGAAAAUACGUCAAAUAAUCAGCCAGAAAAGGUAGAGUUGAGUAAGAAAAGUACUGAAAGUAAGUCAGUAUCACCAAGUAAAGAAAAGUCAACAGAGAUAGUGGAAGCAAUGGAUACUGAAAUAAGUUCUCCUCAGAAAGAAAAAAAGAAAGUGUCGAAAGUCCCAAUUGGCUUAGAAGUUUUUAAUGUCGAUUCUGAUGAAGAUGAAGUAGAACAGAAUGUCGAAGUGGAGGCUAUUGAUGUAGAGAAUCCAGCACCCGUUCAAUGUGUCAACCCUAAGUGUCAGAGUUUAAAUGACACUAAGUUCUAUGCAGCGGAUGCUGAUAUGUCGAUGUUCUACAAAAUUGAGCACAAGAAGAAGGCUGCUGUCUGCGAAGCUUGUGCCAAUCUCUAUUAUAAACAUCUUGAGGAUUUAUUAAAUAAAUUUAAGAAUUUCACACCCCUAUUGGAUCUUGACACUGGUAAAAAUUAUCAAGAUGUUGUUCAUAUAUCAGAUUCCGAAUCCGACGAGGACGAAGAGUCCAAUAAAAAGAAAAUUGGCGCAUCAGUAGCUAAAUUUCUAGAAGAUAAUUUAGCAGACGUAUUCAAUGCAACAUGGGAUAAAUACAAAAUGGACUCUAGAAUUGCCGCCUCGGAAAAGGAACUGGAACAAGAGUUGAAUAAAUUGCAAGUACAGACAAAAGUUAUUGACAAGAUGAUAAAAGAUUGUCAAGCAGAGACAGAUAAAAUACGAAGUGACCUUUACGCUAAAUUCGAGGUGGAACGCAAGGCGUUGCCGGCUAUCUGCAUAGUGGACACGCCCACCACUACGUACUGCUGCUAUGAGGAUACGCAAGUAAAUAAAGUCGAGCCGCCUCAGACCCGGUCGAAGCGUCGUUUGAUGACCAAUACUGACACUCCUGCUAAAAGGAUAGCUGUGCCCACUCCCGACAAGAACUGCACUACUGCGCCUGAGACAAACGAUGACGAUAAUGUAGACGUGUCCGUGGUGAAGCUGUCUGCGGAGGUGGCGCCGGCCGACCUGCCGCCGCCCGGUGACGUCAUUAAGCCACCGCUGCGUGUCGGCAUGCCGGUCUACGCUAUGAAGAGCACAUUCGGACUCUGGGUCAAAGCGAAGAUCAUCGAAGUUAUGCCUAGAACGUCUUCGACAAAGUUCACGAAUUGCCGCGUGAAGAUAGAAUACAAGACAAACAAGAAUGUUACCAAGCACGUGACGGGGCGUUGCCUCGCGUACUCCGAACCUCCUGACGUAAGACUCAUAAUUGGUACAAGAAUAAUUGCGUGUGCAGAACAAACAGAUUCUUUCUAUUCGGGCGUUGUUGCUGAAGUGCCGAAUCCAGUUAACAAGUUUAGGUAUUUGGUGUUCUUCGACGACGGGCACGCGAAGUACGUGCAGCACGCGAACACGCGGCUGGUGUGCGAGUGCUCGCAGCUGGUGUGGGAAGAGGUGCACCCCUACUCGCAGGAGUUCGUGCGUCAGUACCUGCUGUCGUACCCCGAGCGGCCCAUGGUGCGCCUUAGGCCCAAACAGCACGUCAAGGCUGAAUGGCAAGGUCGGUGGUGGAGCUCGGAGGUGGCGCAGGUGGACGCGUCGCUGGCGGAGAUCGUGCUGGCGGGCAAGCGGCGCGAGUGGAUCUACCGCGGCUCCACGCGCCUCGCGCCGCUCUACCUCGAGCUGCAGGCGGCCGAGCGCCAGCGCGCGCGCCCCAUGCCGCGCUCCGGACACCACAACAAGUCGAACAUGCCGUACGUGGAGUACACGCGAUAUGAUGAACCCUCAAAGUCACCGACAGAAUCGGCGCAACAGGUCGAGGAGUUGCGUCGUCUACGCUUUAUAGCCAAGAAGUCGACAGCCACGAGCCAGCCUCCUCCGAUAGCAACAAACAAGAAAGUUUCAAUGGAAAAAAUAGUCUCUAGAGUUGUGCACUACAAGCCGAAGAACGCGGUGUGUCCGCUGGCGAUGGUGGCGCACGAGUGCGGGCCGCAGUGCCGGCGCGGCGACGUGCUGCCGCUCAGCGACCUGCGCACCUACAACCCCCUCACCAAGCCCCUACUCAGCGGCUGGCAGAGGCAAAUAGUCCGGUACAAGGCGACAAAGAUAGUGAUGUACCGCGCGCCGUGCGGCCGCCGGCUGCGCGACAUGCACGAGCUGCACCGCUACCUGCGCGCCGUGCGCUCAGACAUGCCCGUCGACCUGUUCGACUUCAGCCCCGCCACGCAGUGCCUCGCCGAGUUCGUGCUGCAAAACUGCAUCGUCGCCAAGAAGGAUCUGUCGCACGGCAAGGAGAACAUGCCGGUGCCGUGCAUGAACUACUACGACGACUCGCUGCCGGAGUUCUGUUCCUACAACACGGAGAGAACGCCCACCGCCGGCGUGCCGCUCAACCUCGACCCCGACUUCCUCUGCGGCUGCGACUGCGAGGACGACUGUGCGGAUAAAAAUAAAUGUGCAUGCUGGAAGAUGACGAUAGAAGGCGCGCGGACUAUCGGCAUAGAGGGCGACGUGGGCUACGUGUACCGCCGCCUGCCGGAGCCCCUGCUCUCCGGCAUAUACGAAUGUAACUCUAGGUGUAAAUGUAAUAACACAUGUUUGAACCGAGUCGCACAACAUCCUCUACAAUUAAAACUACAGGUUUUCAAAACGGAGCAAAGAGGCUGGGGUAUCCGCGCGCUGAACGACGUGCCCAAGGGCGCGUUCUUGUGCGUGUACGCCGGCAAUCUGCUCACUGACGCCACCGCUAACUUGGAUGGGUUGAACGAAGGUGACGAAUAUCUCGCGGAGCUCGACUAUAUAGAAGUGGUGGAGGCAAUGAAGGAAGGCUACGAGGAGGACGUGCCUGAAUCCCUCAAAGAGAAUGACCAGAAAAGCGGUUCAAACGAUUCCUCGGAGGAGGAGGAGUCGAGUGAGGAGGAGAAGGAGUCGAAGACGAAAACAUCUAAAGACGAGGAUGAUGACUUCUGUCCCAGUUACGUUGAAUUGCCCUUAGAGUUCAACAAACGUUUGCGAACUCGAGAGAGACGCAAGAAAGAGAAGCAAGAUGACUCAGGGGAGCAGAAGCAGAAGGAAAAAGAGACGGAAAAAGAAAUGAAAAAAGAAUCUAAGAAGGAAGCGGACAAUUGCAAUGGAGAUGAAGAAUGUAUAACUAUUAUUAGUGAUGAUGAAGAAGUGCGGGAGCCGUCAAGAUUCACAGUACAGGCGGGGAUGGACUCCAAGCAAUUAGUAUCAAAAUACAGAUCUGUUCGUUCGUACUUCGGCGAGGACGAGGCUUGUUACAUCAUGGACGCCAAGGUACAAGGCAACAUUGGACGAUAUCUAAACCACUCCUGCUGUCCGAACGUGUUCGUGCAGAACGUGUUCGUGGACACGCACGACCCGCGCUUCCCCUGGGUGGCGUUCUUCGCGUCCAGCCACAUCCGCGCCGGCACCGAGCUCACCUGGAACUACAACUACGACAUCGGCUCCGUGCCCGGCAAGCUGCUCUACUGCUAUUGCGGCUCCGACAACUGCAGGGGCCGCCUGCUCUGAACUCGCGAUGUACUGCACAAAACAAUACCAACGUUAAUACUUACUAGACAGAUUCCAAAAUGAUAUAGAGGAAGCAUAGUUAGAAAUAUUUUUCACAUGAUCCACUAGCGACAUCUAUUAGUAUAUCCUCAAAACCAAAUGUCAAUGAAAUUAAUUGUCUAUAGAUUUGAUUAGAUAGAUUUUUUUUUAAUUGUAAUUAAAAGGAAGUUUAAACCACAUUUUUCGCAUUGAUGUUAAUGAUAGAUUAUUGUUUUCGUCUGUCAUUUUGUGCAGCUGCUUUAUAGAUAAAAUAGUUAGGGCCUGUCGUACCACUGGCUUGUAGAGGUUCAGAUAGCUUAAAAGUGUCGUCGCUGUCAGAGUACCAAAAUCCGAAUAUUUCUAUCACAUGUUUUAUACGUUGGAUUGUUAUCUUAAAAUUUACAAGAAUUGUAGGACAGGCUUUUAGUAAUUUAAAUUGUCGUCAUAUCUGCUGUUGUAUCUGGAACAGCAUUGGUUUAGUUGUUGCUAUGUAACCUUUGUGUUCACGAUUACGUCUCGUUUACUCCACCUCAGAAACACGUGUAUAAACAUUGUUCUCUCUGUCAUUCUCUACACGUUAUAACAAUGUAUCGUACGGUGUUACUACAGUGGAAACCCACAUUAAUGUGACUUGUAUAAAUGAUUGUAAGACUAUUUUAAGAUUGUUU